CGGCGCCGGGCGGCCGUUGGCCCCGUAGGGCGCGCGCGUCCCCUCAGCCGCCUCCGUCCAGCCUCACGCCCGAGCCGCGGCCAUGGCAGCGUCGGCGGGGAAGCGGUGCGAGCGGCUGGAGGCGGCCUCGGUGCGGGCGGUGCUGGCGGCGGCGGACGCGGUGCUGUUCGACUGCGACGGCGUGCUGUGGCGGGGCGAGGCGGCCGUGCCCGGCGCGCCGGAGGUGCUGCGCCUGCUGGAGGCCGCGGCGGGCGGCGGGAAGCGCCUCUGCUACGUCACCAACAACUCCUCGCGCACGCGCCAGGCCUACACCGAGAAGCUGCGGCGCCUGGGCUUCCCGCCGGCCGAGGCGCGCCAGGUCUUCGGCUCCGCCUUCUGCGCGGCGCGCUACCUCAGCCGCGCGCUCCCGCCCGGCGGCGCCGCCUACGUGCUGGGCGGGGCCGCGCUGAGCGCCGAGCUGGAGGCGGCGGGCGUGGCCCACCUGGGCGCCGGCCCCGCCCCGCCGCCCGACUCCGCCCACUUCGGCGCGCGCGCCCCGCUCGACCCCGCCGUGCGCGCCGUCCUGGUGGGCUACGACGAGCACUUCAGCUACGGCAAGCUCUGCCUGGCCCUGCGCUACCUGCUGCGCCCCGGCUGCCUGCUGCUCGCCACCAACAGGGACCACCGCCUGCCGCUGGAGGGGGGCAGCGCCGUGCCCGGAACUGGCUGCCUUGUCAAAGCGGUGGAGACUGCAGCAGAGCGGGAGGCAUUUGUCAUUGGCAAGCCCAGCCGGUACAUCUUUGAGUGUGUGGCCAGUGAGUUCAACAUCGACCCAGCUCGCACCAUUAUGGUGGGCGACCGCCUGGACACAGACAUCCUCAUGGGGAACAACUGUGGCCUGACAACGCUGCUCACCCUCACAGGGGUCAGCACUCUGGCAGAAGUCCAGGGUCACUUAGAGAGCAACUGCCCUGAGAGGAGAAAGCUGGUUCCUGACUACUAUGUCGAUAGCAUCGCUGAUCUUCUCCCUGUUCUGAAGGCUUAGAUAAAGGGAAACCUUUCCAGCUUUUCAAAAGCUAUUUCCCUUCCCCUUCUCCCCGCCUCUUAGUGAUUUGAGGAUGAUAAUCUCUCCUCAGUUACUGUAAUGUACAUGAUUGCUGCUUGCACAUUGAGAUGCUUUUAGCACCUAACUUUCAAUUCGAGUUCUCUGUUUACAAAUUUCUUUAAAAAUGCACUUUGGAUCAAAGAGGGAAGCAUGUUACAUUAGUCCACUUACAGAUGUCAUAAAAGCAUCGAAGGACAGCUACAGUGUUAAAGCGUCAGGGCAGAGUUUUGCUCAAUUGGGUUGAAAGGGAUUGAGCCUCUCGCAGUAUGUUUUCUUGUAGAAACUGUAGCCGAGUCAUUGGAAAUUCAGGGAAUUGAGCAGUUUGAGGGCAUUUGCUCUUGAACUUGAUUUUAAGCUUGGUUGAUGCUUACUCAGGGCCAGACAGCCUGAUUCAGGUGUGAUUUCAGGGGGAAAGAAGCCACACGCGUAUCUUGUAGUUUUGCCCUCACUUUAUGUCCCCCCCCCCAACUGUCCUUGCUCAGUAUGCAGAAAACAAAUGAUUAUGUCUGUGUCACAUGUUCCUCCAAGUUAGAUGUCUGUAUAUAGAUUUAGGAAAAAGUUCAGAUAUCUAUUUUAAAAUUUAACUAUAAUAUAUUGAGCAUCAGUUUUAUUGGUCAGGAGAGAAGAGAUAUACUUGAUGUCUAGAGAUCUUCCUCAAGUUCUUCAGUUACACACCACCACAGCCCCUGUGUAAUCUGCAGGACUAAACGCCGUUUUCAAUAAGGGGCUGGAAUGCUUGGGGACUCCAGAAUUGUAACUAUGUUUAACAUGAAAAUAUAAUGUGCCAUGCUUGCCUAUAUAUCUGUCUGGAAUAGAUGCAAGCUAUCCAGUCACCUGUUGGGAGCAGCUGGACCAUUGGUGGGAAUUUUCUGGUGUAAAUAUGUGCGGUUUUACUAUCCAGCCAUUUUGAAGUCUGUCUUGGCAAAGCCAGUACAGUCACUUGCUUGGUGCUUCCUGUUAAAAUCUUCCUUGUGGGUUGGAGGGAAGACUGAAAAAAUCCUUUGCAGAUCCAUCUUGGCUCCAGCGGCAUGCUAAAGGUGGAGGCUGAAACUGUUUUGCUUGCAGUUUUGUGGUAAAUGUGAUGAAUUGUACUUUUUCAAGCACUCAGGUAGCUUUGUGCUUGUGGCACUAACUGCCAAAUUAUGGAACAUCUCAAGACAUUAGACUGAUAGAUUAAGAAUGAACAAGUUCUCUCUUCUGGGAACAGAGAGAAGGUUCUUUGUUUCGCCUUGCAGAUGUAGCCCAAAUAUCUCUGACCUUGUGUGAUGACUCUUCUUGUAUCGACACUUGGAACAUGUAUUGACCUUGCCGCCCUUCUGUGCAGCAAUAAUUGUGUUGUCCACAAUGAAAGGUACUUUGAAUUGAUAUAUUUAGUGUCAACGUUCAUACUUAUGUAAUGAUACCUCUUUGGAAGUGUUAAAGGUGCGCAGUGAUCCCCCUCCCCCCAAUCUGUUUCCUAAAAAUAAGACUUUUUCUCUUUAGGCUCUUUCUGUUUGGACUGACUUGAAAAUAGCACAACAUCCUUUUUCUGGUACUUGUGCUUAUGCAAUUCUUUGGAAAUUCAGGAAUGUGUUAAGAACAUGAUAAAUGUUGCUUGAACCCUAUCAUCUGCUGUUCAGACCUGUUUGCCAGACUGCAGUACCCAUUACCUCUCUUUUAACUGUUUCUGCCAUCGUUGUGAAGUUGCUGGUAAAAAUAUGUCGGUGACCAAGCAGUCUCUGGGAAAUAAAUGGGGGACUGAGUCGCAUUAAACAAUAAGGUCUCACUGC